GAAGACCUCGAGGAAGAACUUGGCAUUUCUUCCACCACGGUUGUCGACUGGUUCAGUUUUUGUCGCGAGGUCUGUGCGUACUGGGCCGAUAAGUGCAGCGAGAAACUUGGAGGUCCAGGACGCACCGUUGAAAUCGACGAGGCAAAAAUCGGCCAUCGUAAAUACAACCGUGGUCGCCUUUUGAAAGGCAAUUGGAUAUUUGGAGGAUACGAGCGAGAGUCGAAGAAAAUUUUUAUUGUGCCAGUAGAGGAUCGAACGGAAGAAACGCUCCUGGCAUGCAUUAAGGAGUGGAUCAUGCCAGGAACAACGAUUGUUUCAGAUUGUUGGAAAUCCUAUAAUUGUCUUAACAAUGAGGGCUUCCAACAUCUGACAGUCAAUCACACUUACAACUUCGUCGAUCCAGAUACUGGCGCCCAUACUCAGCAUAUCAAGCGUGUUUGGAGAGAAGUUCGAGCAAAUAUUCCAAAGUACGGGACUCGAUCGCACCAUGUCGAGGGAUAUUUAUUCGAAUUUCUAUUCAAACACGCUCAUCCUAGGGCUGAGAAAAUAAAAAUCUUCUUCGACGUUAUCGCCCAGAUGUAUCCUCCAUUGUCUACUGUCGAGACCGAGCAAACAGAGUAA